AGACGACGGACGGUCACCCUGCGGCGCACGCUAUUUAUCCGUUCCUCGCGCGCUCGCGACUCCUGAUGGCGACGGCAGCGCGGCGCCUCGUCCCCUUCCACCUCCGGCCGCCCGGCGCGCGCCCGCUCGCCGCCGUUGCGGCGGCUCCCCACAGCCGCAAGCGCGAUGCCGUCUCGUGCAAAUCCACCGGCAAGACCAGGGCGAAGAACAAGGCCAAGGACACCACCAUGUGGCGGCCGCAGCGGCGGGAGCUGGAGGAGCACCUCAAGCGGCGCACCCGCUCCGCCGGCGCCUUCGACCCCGGCCUCUACCGCCGCCACUCCCACUCCCACCACGUACCCGUCUUGCUCGGGGAGGUCCUCGCCGCGUUCCGCCGCCCGCUCCCGCUCCGCUCCUUCGUCGACUGCACCCUCGGUGCCGCCGGCCACUCCCUCGCCAUGAUGGAGGCGCACCCGGAGAUGGAGCUGCACGUUGGCAUGGACGUCGACCCCUCUGCGCUGGAGAUUGGCCAGCGCCACAUCGAGGCUUUCCUUGUUAGUAGGGCAACUGGGGAAGGGGGAGAAGAUGCUCUGCAAGGGACACUACGCGCCUAUACUCACGUCAAGAAUUUCAAGUACAUCAAGCAUGUUCUUGGUGGCGUUGACGAGAGCCUGGCGGAUGGCUCGUCUGGAGUUGACGGUAUCCUCAUCGACCUUGGCAUGUCAUCCAUGCAGGUUAACAGGUCAGAUAGAGGAUUUAGUGUGCUCAAUGAUGGUCCACUUGACAUGCGCAUGGACCCUAAGGCAACUUUAACAGCAGAAGAUAUCUUGAACUCUUGGCCCGAGCUUGAAGUUGGGCGUAUCCUCCGUGAUUAUGGGGAGGAAAGCAAUUGGCAAUCCCUUCAGAGGCGAAUUGUUAAAGAACGGAAAACAGGGGGUUUACACUCUACUGGCGAGCUUGUCAAACUUAUCCAAAGAACGUGCACCAUUUCAGGAGGACGGCAAGGCUGGAUUAAAACUGCAACAAGGGUAUUCCAAGCCCUUAGGAUUGCAGUUAAUGAUGAGCUCCAAACUUUAGAAGACGCACUCCAUUCGUGUUUUGACUGCCUAGCACCAGAUGGCCGUCUUGCUGUAAUCUCAUUCCACAGUUUAGAGGACAGAAUUGUCAAGCAGACAUUCCUGGAGCUUAUUCGUGGGGAUGAAGCAGAGGAUGAUGAGGAAGACUUGGUAUGCGCUGACAUUGACGACGAAGAUGAGCCAUGGUUUAAGCAGAGGGUGCAAGGGACCAACGGCACUGUCCUGACAAAAAGACCGACAACCCCUUCACAAGAGGAAGAGAAACUAAAUCAAAGGUGUAGAAGUGCAAAGCUCAGAGUUAUUCAGAAGGCCUAAACGGAAUAACACUGGAUACAAAUUUGUGAAUGAUUGCUGAGGAGAUUAUCGAGGCCGCAAAACAUGCGACUGUCAGUUUCUCAUCUGCUCACCAGGAAGCAAACACUUUGAAAUCGCCUGAAACUUGGUUCAGGGGGGUGAAUAGGAGGUCUUUGCUCCCCCCAAAGAUGGGAACAUGGAAGGUAGAGGGUUAGGUUAGUCCAGAAGUAAUAAUCUCACCGUGUUUGUACUUUGUACCAUUUUUCCAACUUCACUCGUGUAUAUUGUACUCUGUUUGCCACCUUCUCUUGCAAGAUGCGACCAAUUUUAUGCCA